AUGCAGAUUCUAACACUAGAUUUACUGGCAGUCAUAAUCUCCCUGGUUGGGCUGGCAGGAAAUGGAAUUGUACUCCAGCUCCUGACCUUCCAGAUACAGAGGACUGCUUUCUAUGUCUACAUCCUCAACUUGGCCGCCUCUGAUUUUCUCUUCCUCACUGUCCAAUUUCUUUUCCACUUGGGGAGACUUAUUGGUGACUUGGAAUUGAUCGCCAUCUCCAUCCGCAGAAUUGCCAUCAUCACGAAGAACUUUGCCUAUAUCACUGGCCUGAGCAUUCUUAGUGUCAUCAGCACUGAGCGAUGCGUGUCAGUCUUGUGUCCCCUCUGGCACCGUUUCCACCGUCCACAACAUAUGUCUGCUGUCAUGUGUGCCCUGCUCUGGACCCUGUCCCUGCUGCUGACCAUAUUGCAUGAGAAUUACUGUCACAGCACAUUUGGAAAUUGCGAUAGAAAUUCGUGCAUGCAAAAUGAUAUCAUCAUUGCUGUGUGGUUAAUUCUCUCAUUUGUGCUUCUCUCUGGAUCCAGCUUAGCCUUGUUGAUCGGAUUGCUGUGCGGCUCCCAACAGAUAAAGCUGACCAGGCUGUAUAUGACCCUUGGGCUCACAGUUCUGGUCUUCCUCCUCUGUGGUUUGCCCUGGGGCAUCCACUGGUUUCUCUUAUUCUGGUUCCUAGAAGGGUCUCCUAUGCUCCCCAAUGACUUUAUUGAAGCUGCAAAAGUACUAACCUGUGUCAAUAGCUGUGCCAACCCCAUCAUUUAUUUCUUCGUUGGCUCUUACAGGAAGUGGCAUACACGUAGCAGGCAGGCCCUGAGGUUGGUUCUGCAGAGGGCUUUUGAAGAUAUUCCUGAGGUAGAAGGAAGUGAAGGCAGCGCUCCUCAAGGAAUCCUGGAGAUGUCCGGGAACAGUCAAAUAUCAUAA